CGCAGCCGCACCGAGCGUGGGCGGGGUCCUUAGUUGGUUCAGUAUCUCGCGCUCGCGGGCGGGCAAAGCGGGCGGCUGCGCAAGCGACCAGUUGCUGUAAUGCUGUCUCCACUCUCUGGACAACAGUGAAGGGUGAAAGAGUGCUCCCCAAUGGCCUCAUAGGAAAAGCUCCCUAAAUCCAAGAUGGUUCUGAACUGGGCAGAUUUCCUCUGGCCCCAGGAUGGGAGAGAUUUGGAACCCACACUUCGAAGACGCCUUGAGACUGAGGGCUUCCAUCUGCCUCACUGAGACUCCAGCCCGACAGAGAACAUGGAGCCUGGAACGCCAACAGCCAACCUCUGGAGGACAAGCAGACUCCGUCCGGACCUGUAGGGCACUGCCCGAGCCUCGCCACCAUGGCACGUGGUUUCACAGUGGGCUUUGACCCAUUGGGUCUAGGAGAGCUCAGCUCUGGUUCUCUGAGCUCCCUCUCUUCCCGAGGCCACCUGGGCAGCGACCCAGGCUCCACAGCAACACGAUACUUGCUGAGGAAGCAGCAGCAGCGCCUGCUGAAUGGCCCGCCCCGCGGAAUCCGAGCCUCAUCCCCCAUGGGCCGAGUCAUCCUCAUCAACUCCCCCAUUGAAGCCAACAGUGAUGAAAGUGACAUCAUCCAUGCAGUCCGGGUCGAGAAGAGCCCCUCUGGGAGGCUAGGUUUCAGCGUGAGAGGCGGCUCUGAGCAUGGCCUGGGCAUCUUCGUCAGCAAGGUGGAGAAGGGGAGCAGUGCAGAGCGGGCUGGCCUGUGUGUGGGGGACAAGAUCACCGAGGUGAACGGGCUGAGUCUAGAAAGUACCACGAUGGGCAGUGCUGUGAGGCUGCUGACCAGCAGCAGCUGCCUGCACAUGAUGGUGCGGCGCAUGGGCCGUGUGCCUGGCAUCAAGUUCUCCAAGGAGAAGACCACAUGGGUGGAUGUAGUGAACCGACGGCUCGUGGUGGAGAAGUGCAGCUCCACGCCAUCGGACAGCAGCUCAGAAGACGGUGUGCGGCGCAUCGUCCACCUCUACACAACCUCGGACGACUUCUGCCUAGGCUUCAACAUCCGCGGGGGCAAGGAGUUUGGCCUGGGCAUCUAUGUGUCUAAAGUGGACCAUGGUGGGCUGGCUGAGGAGAAUGGCAUCAAAGUGGGGGACCAGGUCCUGGCGGCCAACGGUGUCAGGUUCGAUGACAUCAGCCACAGCCAGGCCGUGGAGGUGCUGAAGGGCCAAACGCACAUAAUGUUGACCAUAAAGGAGACGGGCCGGUACCCUGCCUACAAAGAGAUGGUUUCUGAGUACUGCUGGCUGGACAGAUUGAGCAGUGGGGUGCUCCAGCAGCUGUCUCCGGCCUCGGAGAGUGGUUCCAGCGUCUCCUCCUGUGCCUCCAGUGCCCUGUGCAGCUCAGGCUCACUACCCUCUGACCGCAUGGAAGUCUGCCUAGGGCCUGAGGAGCCCGGUGGCCAUGGCCCAGGCUGGGGGCGGGCAGACACGGCCAUGCAGACGGAGCCUGAUAUGGGCAGCCGUGUGGAAACUUGGUGCAGUGUACGGCCAACCGUCAUCCUCAGGGACACGGCCAUCCGCUCUGACGGUCCCUCUUCUGUCCGACGCCUUGAUUCUGCACUUUCAGAGUCACCCAAGACAGCUCUGCUGCUGGCCCUCAGCCGACCCAGGCCUCCCAUCACCCGAUCCCAGAGCCACCUGACACUGUGGGAGGAGAAGAAACAGCGGAAGAAGGAGAAGUCAGGGUCCCCUGGGGAGAAGGGGGCCUUGCAGCGCUCCAAGACGCUGAUGAACCUCUUCUUCAAGGGAGGGCGGCAGGGGCGGCCAGCAGGGGACGCGCAUAGAGAGGCCUGGACACUGGACAGCAGAAGCCCCACCAAAGUCCGCCCUCGCCUGGACCUGGAGAAAGCAGGGAGCGUGGGGCCUGUGCAGAAGUUUGUCACCUGGAGACUGAGACGUGAACGGGAGAGGGGCCGGGCCCUGCUCUCUGCCAGGUCCGGAAGCCCCUCUGGCCAGCUGCCCAAUGUGGAUGAGCAGGUGCAGGCCUGGGAAAGCCGGCGACCCCUCAUUCAGGACCUGGCCCGGCGGCUGCUGACAGACGACGAGGUGCUAGCCAUCACUCGACACUGCUCGAGGUAUGUCCAUGAGGGCGGUGUGGAGGACCUGGUGCGCCCCCUGCUGGCCAUCCUGGACAGGCCGGAGAAGCUGCUGCUGCUGAGGGACAUCAGGAGUGUGGUGGCCCCCACGGACCUCGGCCGCUUCGACAGCAUGGUGAUGCCCGUGGAGCUGGAGGCUUUUGAGGCUCUCAAGAGCCGGGCAGUUCGGCCUUCUGCUUUGAGACCAACCAGGCAAGACACGCCACCCAAGCGUCACCUCAUCACCCCUGUGCCUGAUAGCCGUGGAGGAUUCUACUUGAUGCCAGUGAAUGGCUGUUCAGAGGAUGACGACGGAGAGAUCAGGGAGAGGCUAGGGGGUCUUAAGGUCGCCCUCCGUGCCUCUGCCCCUGGCCACCACCAUAAAGGAAUCCCCCCUCUACAAGAUGUACCGGUGGAUGCCUUCUCCCCUCGCCGAAGCGCAUGUACACCCCCUCCCCAACCACCUCCUGUGGCUCCCCGGCCUCCCAGGCCUAACUGGCUACUGACAGAACCCCCAAGUAAAGAGAGCACUCAGCAGAACCAGAGUCAGACCCCAGGCCGCAGCCGAAGCCGCAGCCGCAGCAGAGGGCGAGGCAAGUCCCCUGGGCGCAUGCGCUCCCCCUCCCCAGCACCCAUCACCAAUGCCACCACAGCCAAUGGGCGCUACCACAGGCCUCGGAAGGCAAGGCCCUUGCUUCCACGACCUCUGGAUGGGCAGGAGGCCAAGGUGGGAGCUAGGCAAGGGCCCUUGGAGAACGGCAUUGGUGGGACAACCAAGGAGACGACCUGGAAAGCCUCCGCUGGAGAGCUGAGGACAGUCACGCUAUCCAAGAUGAAGCAGUCUUUGGGCAUCAGCAUUUCUGGGGGCAUCGAGUCCAAGGUGCAGCCCAUGGUGAAGAUAGAGAAGAUCUUUCCCGGAGGUGCCGCUUUCCUCUGCGGGGCCCUGCAGGCUGGCUUCGAGCUGGUGGCAGUGGAUGGGGAAAGCCUGGAGCAGGUGACUCACCAGCGAGCUGUGGACACCAUCCGCAGAGCAUACAGAAACAAGGCUCGGGAGCCUAUGGAGCUUGUGGUCAGGGUUCCUGGACCUGGCCUGCUGCCCUCAUCUGCCUCAUUAGCCAUUAAGGACCAGAGCCUUCCUGCUGGCAGUUCCUCUGCCCAUGGACCCCUUGACAAUACCCCAACCCUCACCCAGAUCCCUCCCCCUGAGGAUAGACAACUACAGCAGGCCUUCACCCCAGCCCUUCAGGCUCCUCCAAGUGCCCCCAAACUCUCCCCUCUUCUUACGGAUCCCCAUGACCCUUCCCACUGACCUUAAGGAUUAUUGCUGCUCCCCGGUAUCCUGCAAUACCGAGGCCCCUCUGUCCUAUGUGCCUGACAGCUGAGAGCACCAUACCGUGGCUGUGACCUACUGCAAGCUGUCUAGAAGUCCCCGGCGUUUUAAGAAAAGCUGGAUGUCCAAGGACAAGGCUCUAGAGGGCAGCCUGCAUCGUGUGCAUCCCCUGGUCCUGGACCGCUUCAGUGAGGGGACAGAGAAAAUCAAGUCUGAAGCCUGUAACUGGUGUGAGCUUCUUCAGGAUGCCCCUGGCUUCCAUACUCUGAGAGGCUUAAAUUCAGUCUCCUUAAGGAGGUCACUACAUCCAUCCCCCAGUCUCAAGCAGCAUUCAGUACAAAGGACAGGGUGGAAGGCUUUUCCAAUUCUUCAGACCUUAGUAAGACUCGUGUUGUGGUCCACUAGGACCUCUGACUGGACUGGAUUAGCCUCCUAUCUCCCUCCCCGCCCCAGUAAGAACUCCAUGAGGUAGGUGAGUAGCCAGCAAGCAGAGGGACAAAUGCUCCAGACAGAUGCCAGACAAGGUCGCCUGUAGUUCUUUAUCCAGCAUACUUUUUUUUUAAAAACAAACUUUUUUUUUUUUAAUUUUUUCUUUGGGUUUGUACAAGAAAUUUACAGUGUGAAAAAUAUACAAGUGAAAACGAGGCCAUAAACCUGGUAUUGGGAGGGGCUGCUUGGUCACAAACACAAAUAAACAAGACAUUGCUGAGUUC